AUGUUGGAAUGUGCUGAUUUUGCUGAAACUGGGGACGUAUCCAAGAUGAGCAAUCCAUGCGAAUGCUGCCACAGAAAGCUGAGGUUCAUAAGACAGAUUAAAGGAAACUUCAUGCAUAGCAUGGUCAUACCAGAGUGCUUUGUGAAGUAUUUUGGAAGAAAGAUCCCGGAAAGCGUCAUACUAGAAGCUCCUAAUGGUAACAUAUAUGAUGUUGGAGUUACUGAGAGUAUGAACAGAACAAUCCUCAAGUCUGGAUGGGCGGCAUUUGUUGCUGCCAAUAUAAUAGAAGAGAAUUAUUCCUUGAUGUUUCGAUACCUUGGAAAUGCCCGCUUUGAGGUUACAAUUUUUGAUUCCAAUGGCCAGGAGAAAGCCUUGUGCUGUGCUGGGAUGAAAACUGCCUCUGAUGUGAAAACACCAAACAGUCACUAUGUUGGUAAUUCGAGCAGUUCACGUCAUGGCACUACUCAGUUGUUAUCGGGUGAAGGAUCAGAUUCAGAUGGAUGCCCAAAGGAAAUCGCAUGCCAUUAUUGUGAAUCAGCAAAGAAGGCUGCAUUAUCUUAUACUUCUGAUGAAUUUUCGGAUGAUAUUGUCUUAUCAGGGCGUUGCUAUCUUACGGAAGAACAGGAGGUGAAAAUACAAGCACUUGUAAGCAGAAUGCGACCUGAAAUCCCAGUGCUUGUUGUAGUGAUGAAGAAGACCAAUGUAAAACCAUAUGGUAAUCUGGUUAUACGCAAGGAUUAUGCGCUUCAGUACUUGCCAUGUGAAGAUACAAAUAUCAUACUCCAAGUGCGUAUGAAAAAAACUACCUGGAAAUGCAAAUUGCAAGUCAGGUCAUCUGGCGUGUCUGAUGCAGGUCGGCGCACCCUUUAUUUGGGUAAAUUUGUCAGGGACAAUCAUGUCAGAGAGGGUGAUAUCUGGCUCUUUCAACCAAUGGCAAAUGUUAAGAACGGAAGAUUCACGAUGAGAGUCCAUCUCCUUCACAAAGCGAGCAUUGAUCAUUUCCCUGAUAGAAGAACUGGCAUUGGCUCAAACUAUGGAAGGACAAGCGCAAAUGUCACUGGUGUUAACGAGCAACCACCGACUGAUGGUGAAGAGAUCUCCUCUUCAGACCAUGAAGAGCAUGGAACCUCUGAGAGUUCUGAAGGAGCUUCUGAUCCUCCUUUCAUUCUGCCAGGCAGAAUUCGUCUAACACCAGCGCAGGAGAAGAAAGUGUUGGAAAAAGUUGAAGAAAUUGAGAGAGAACUACCCAUUUACGUUGCGAUCAUGAACAAGAUAAAUGUCUGUCGCCGCAAUACCUCUCCCAUCUUAAACUUUGGUGUACGUUACGCUACCACAUAUCUUGAAAAGAAGCACGCUACUGGGCAUCAUGGAAAGGAGGGUGUCAUCAGUUUGGUGCUUCAGCGUGACCGGAAGAGGGGGACGUGGGCCACUGAGAUGCGAUGGUCUACCCACCGCACGGGCCCUCAGCUGAGGGUUGUCAAAGGAUGGCCCUCGUUCUCCCGUGCCAACCACCUGCGGGAGGGGGACCUCUGCCUCUUCAAGCUGAUGAACAAUGAGGAGCUGCUCAAGAUGGUGGUCUACAUCAUUCGCCGUGAGAAAUGUUAG